AGCAAACACCCCACAUCAACACCACACACACUUUUGUUUUCCUCUCUUCACAGACCUGACACAACACAAGCACUAACAUAACCUUCCUCCAAAACCAAAUCCAAAAUAUUUUCCCCCAAAUUCCACACCUCCCUUUGCGCCAAUCAACGACCCCACACUCAAAUUCCCCCCACCCCCCCACAUCCACUCACUUCUCUCCUUCUUCCCAUGCCACCUUCCCCUUCUUUCCCUUCAGAGAACCGAACAAAAUGGAGGAAGAGGCGGAAGAGAGAAUCCUACAAACGCAACCAGAAGCGUCACGGCGACGACGACGACUCCGACGAUGACAACGAGCCCGACGACGAUGACUCCGACGACCAAUUCCGCAGCCCUAGCGCCCAACUCGCGGACCCGCGGCGCGUGGAUAUCGAGGUCGUGUCGCCCGAGGGGGUCCAGAUUUCGCGGUUCCCGCCGGCGAUCAGGCGCGAGGUGACCCGCCCCCACGCGGUGGUCGUGGCAAUCGCAGCGCUGGAGGUCGGCGACGACAAAUCACAUCACAACAACGUUCCGGUUCUGGAGAAUGUGUCGCACGGCCAGCUCCAGGUGCUGUCGGCGGUGUCCACCGAUUGCCUCGGCGGCGGCUCGAGCUUCGUCGUUGCUCCACCGCCAGUUUCGAAAGGCUCCGGCGUGGUUAAGCGGUUCGGGAGUAGGGUUCUUGUUGUUCCUAUGCAUUCAGAUUGGUUUUCUCCAGCCUCAGUGCAUCGACUUGAGAGACAAGCAGUGCCUCAUUUCUUCUCAGGAAAGUUGCCAGAUCAUACACCAGAUAAGUAUGUGGAAUGUAGGAACUACAUUGUUGCAAGAUACAUGGAAGAGCCAGGGAAGAGGAUUACAGUCUCUAGUUGCCAGGGAUUGUUGGUUGGUGUUGGUAAUGAAGAUUUAACUCGAAUUGUCAGGUUCCUUGAUCACUGGGGAAUUAUCAAUUACUGUGCUCAGGGCCCAAGUUGUGAGAAUUCGGACAAUGAGACUUACCUGAAGGAGGACACAAGUGGUGCAAUAUGUGUGCCAUCAACAGCUUUAAGAUCCAUAGAUAGUUUGGUUGAAUUUGACAGGCCCAAGUGUAAAUUCAAAGCAGAUGAAAUUUAUUCAUCUCGAACAAUGCACAAUACUGAUAUUUCUGAUUUGGAUGACAGAAUAAGAGAGCAUCUAUCUGAAAACCAUUGCCAUUAUUGUUCUCGUUCUCUUCCUAUUGUAUACUACCAAUCACAAAAAGAGGUUGAUAUUUUACUCUGCACUGAUUGCUUUCAUGAUGGGAGAUUUGUCACUGGUCAUUCUAGUAUAGAUUUUAUAAGGGUGGAUUCAACUACAGAUUAUGGUGAUCUAGAUGGGGAUAGUUGGACUGAUCAAGAGACUUUGCUGCUGCUUGAAGCAGUGGAGGUUUACAAUGAGAAUUGGAAUGAAAUUGCUGAGCAUGUUGGCACCAAGUCGAAAGCGCAAUGCAUUCUUCAUUUUCUCCGUUUACCUGUAGAAGAUGGAAAGUUGGAAAAUAUCAAUGUUUCAAGUUUGUCUUUGUUAUCCAAUGUGAAGAAUCAAGAGGAUAUUGGAAGAUUGCAUUGUUUCUCAAAUGGAGAUUCUUCAGGACCUGUGCAUAACAGCCAAGAUUCUGAUGGCAGGCUUCCUUUCACAAAUUCUGGAAAUCCAGUUAUGGCACUGGUUGCCUUUUUAGCCUCUGCUGUUGGACCAAGAGUAGCUGCAACUUGUGCUCAUGCAGCUUUAGCUUCAUUGUCAGGGAAUAAUUCUGGGAGCACGGCACAUAUAGAAGCAGUGGAAAAUGAUAAUCGGACAAAUUCAGAAAGUAUACAUAAUAGAGAUGGUGGCCAUGAUGGAGAGGUUGCAAAUUCAAAUCAGAAAAAUAAGGACAUGUCAAAAGUACUUGGUUCAUGUGGUCAACAUGAGGGAGGGUCAAUCCUCCUAUCUGCUGAGAAAGUCAAAGAUGCUGCCAAAGCAGGCCUAUCCGCUGCAGCAAUGAAAGCUAAAUUGUUUGCUGAUCAUGAAGAGCGAGAAAUUCAGAGGCUAUGUGCUAAUAUUGUUAAUAAUAAGUUGAAAAGAUUGGAACUGAAGCUGAAGCAGUUUGCAGAAAUUGAAACACAGCUGAUGAGAGAAUGUGAACAAGUUGAGAAGGUGAGGCAGAGGUUGGCUUCUGAACGGUCCCAUAUUAUAUCAACUCGUCUGGGAAAUGGUGGAACCACUCCAAUGAAUAUAGCAGGUGUUGGUCCAUCCACGAUUAACAAUAAUAGCAAUGGUAGGCAACAAAUGAUUUCCGCUUCUUCCUCACAGCCUAGCAUCUCAGGGUAUGGCAAUAGCCAACGAGUUCAUCCACACAUGUCCUUCGUCCCACGGCCUUCAGUGUUUGGGUUGGGGCAAAGGUUGCCACUUUCUAUGAUACAACAACCACAAUCAACUUCUUCAAAUCCGAUGGUCAAUGGCCCCAGUAAUUUGCAGCCUUCUCCCAAUCAUUCGAUGUCGAGGCCGGUGUCAAGGACUAACUCUGAUUUAGGUUAAUUAGGAACUCAAUGGUAGUUUUGAAAUAUCUACAUUACAAUUUUAGUUGGUCAUUGUUUUCAGCAGUCAAGAGUAGUGUCAAGAAAUUUGUUUGUUUAGGUUUUAGGGCCUGUGAUUGGUUUCAGUAGACUAUGAAAAUGUUGCUUAAAAGGAAAUAAGUAGCAUUUGAUUUUCCAAAAGUUAUAGUGUCUUUCCUAUUGCUUUGCGCUUUAGGGAACAUGGGAAGUUUAUUGUCAUCAAAGCAAACAAAUUUCAAGUUAGUUUUACACAAACAAUUAACAUCGAAAAAUCAUGAUCUGGUCUCAGUUACUUUUUGUCUCCA